GUUCAGGAGGCCCAAGAUGGCGCUGCCGAGCUGGGUUUGCUUUGCUUGGGGUGUCCGACAGUCCUGCAGUCUCGGUCCACGGCGGAUGAAGAAGUGGAGACCCAGAGAGGUUACAUGACUUGGUGAAGGUUAUACAACUAGGGAGAAGAUUCCAUCCUAUGUAGCCUGACCUGAGAGCCCAUGCUUUUAACUGUUGCACUCUGUUGCUUAACAUUCAGAUAGAAAAAGAUUUUUCAGUUAUGGAACAAAAAUAUUAUAUCAAAACAUUGAAGCUUCAAGUUCUAAGUUCUUUCCACCCAUUCGAAAAGCGAUGCUGCCACCUGAUAGUUUUCAAGGAAAAGUGGCGUUCAUUACCGGGGGAGGGACUGGCCUUGGUAAAGGAAUGACAACUGUUCUGUCCAGCCUCGGCGCCCAGUGUGUCAUCGCUAGCCGGAAUAUUGAUGUUUUGAAAGCUACUGCAGAAGAAAUUUCUUCUCAAACUGGAAAUAAGGUUCAUGCAAUUCAGUGUGAUGUGAGGGAUCCUGAUAUGGUUCAGAACACCGUGUCAGAACUGAUCAAAGUCACAGGACAUCCUGAUGUCGUGAUAAACAAUGCAGCAGGGAAUUUUAUUUCUCCCACUGAAAGGCUCUCUCCUAAUGCUUGGAAGACCAUAACUGGCAUCGUUUUAAAUGGUACUGCUUUUGUGACUCUAGAAAUUGGAAAGCAACUGAUAAAAGCACAGAAAGGAGCAGCAUUUCUUGCUAUUACAACCAUCUAUGCUGAGACUGGAACAGGUUUUUUAGUACCAAGUUCUUCUGCCAAAGCAGGAGUAGAAGCCAUGUACAAGUCUCUUGCAGCUGAAUGGGCUACAUAUGGAAUGCGAUUCAACAUAAUUCAACCAGGGACUAUAAAAACCAAAGGUGCUUUUAGCCGUCUUGACCCAACUGGAGCAUUCGAGAAAGAAAUGAUUCACAAAAUUCCCUGUGGUCGGCUAGGAACUGUGGAGGAAAUUGCAAAUCUUGCUGCUUUCAUGUGUAGUGAUUAUGCUUCUUGGAUAAAUGGAGCUGUGAUUAGAUUUGAUGGUGGAGAGGAAGCAUUUAUUUCGGGGCAAAUGAACAGUCUGACGAAGGUCACCAAGGAGCAGUGGGACACAAUAGAAGGACUGAUCAGGAAGACAAAAGGAUCGUAGGACCACCCUGGUGUUCAUUCUUGAUUAGAAAAGAAGUCAGUGAAUAGAAAUGAUCCAAACAUUCUCUAAUCUUUUAAGUUCUUUCAAGUCUAAUAAAGUGUUAAUUAACAAA